CCUUCUUAACGCUUUCAACAUUCCCACGGCGCACGUGUACGGAACCGGAAGAAAAACUAAAAUCAACUAAUUUUAUCGGUGCCCGAGGCUCCUGCCAGGCCAAGCCGGAGGACGUGUGUGGCACAGUUUGGCGCCAGCUAUCGUAGAGUGUGGCGAUUCUUCGCGGCGAUUACGACGUUUGAAAAAAAACACGGCACAACGCCUUUCUCUCUAAAUGAAAUUUAACGCCUGAGCCGCAUGCACGUUCCGAGAUUUAGCGGUGAAAGGGACCCACGCCUUGCAACUUGCAGACGUCUCGGAACGGGAAAGGGUCAAGUGUGUUGCCCUUUGAAGACCAAAUGAACCAUACUAAUAUGACUGUUCUUGUCAGAUCUCAGAAGCCAAGCACGUUUGAGCUUGGACGGUGUUUGGAUGGGCAGCCACCGUGCCCAUAUAGGUUGUUUAUAGGGGGCUGCGCUGUGGCGGUUAGCAAAGGGCAGUGAAGACAAGCCAAUUGUUGUGCUGUACUUAUAAACUCCCCCGCCCUCACCAGCCCAGAGUGGCCGGCGUGGUGGAGUCUGUCGUGCGAUUCCCACAGCACGGCAGGGCCCCCGUUGUUGACCAGUUGAUUUGACAAGAGCUGUCCAUGUUGUCGCAGUGUAUGACCACAAUCCUGUCGUGAGUCAAGCCGCGUAGAUGUGGCUUUACAUAGAUAGAUGUGGCUUCACAUAGACGUGGCUUCACAUAGAUGUGGCUUUGAUCCAAGUCUGUUUACAACAAUCCCACGUUAUGAUUGCCGUGGGCUGCAGUUGAAUUGAGCACUAUUCAUAGCACCCAUGACAUACAUUCUUCACCGACUAUCGGUAAAAAUAUAACAGCAAAAGACCAUUGCCCAUGUUUUUAGUCAAGCUCAGAGUAAACGGUAUUCCCGUGUAAAAGAAUGUGCUUUUUCCGCGACAGAAACACGAAUUAAAUGAGUUUACGCAAUGCACAUGUGACCAGAAAUAGUGGAUGUGAAAGUAAUGGGUUUUAUUCUCCUUAAUGCUUACAGUUGUAUUUCUACUGCUACUUAAACGACCUAAAGUUAGAUGAAGCAGUUUGUGUUUUUGAGUGCCCUGGUUUCUUGCUACCUGUGGGGUUUCAGCAAUGGAUUCUGUUGGGAAACCCGUUCCCCUGGAAUCGCGUGUCACGUUUUAUGAUGUUUGUGUUUCGUGUUGAGCACGGUGUUUUUCAACGUUGUCUUAAUACAGUACACGCCACUCCUGUCAACUGUGGGGGGGGGGGGAUUGUGGGCCUUUGUGUAUGCGGUGUGGUCAACUCGAGAUGACACUGCUGGAGGAGGGAUGAACGAAGAGGUGAGGGUAAGAUUCGGGGGUCGAGGAGGGAUGAAGAGGUGAGGAUAAGAUUUAGGGUAGAGGUGGUCGGUGAGAAGAUGACAAGGUGGUGGCAGGUUCUGGCACAUGUUUUCUGAUUUCAUAAUAAACAUAAGCCCAGCACAAUGGGUGCAAUUAAAUGAACAGGUGUGUUUUCGAAUAUGCGGUUUGCUUAAUUUAUGGCAAGCGAUAUUUUCUGUAUACAUAACAGUAUUCUCUAUGUCACUGCAGAUACGGUAAAUGGUUAUAAACGUUUAAAAUAGUUUGACGAUUGUUUUUUAAACAUUAACGUACAAUUCAAUUGAGGAGAUUGUACAGUUUAAUUCUACGUUCUCUGCUGAGAAACUACGGUGAGGGUAUUGAUAUUUUGAAGUCGUAAACGGAUAACAUUUAUGGAAAGUUAUUAACUUACUGCGUUGCUGUAUUGAUCAUGAUGACAUUGAGGGAGUUGACUCCUGCACAAUACGCAACAAAGAACAUUUUGGUCUAUGGUUGUGUGAGUGUCAUUGCAAUAUGGUAAUGUGUGUACCAUGGAGCUGUCAUGGGUAAUUGAUUGUAUGUUAAACUUCUUUCAUUGCGGGGGAAGGACAAUACACUAAACACAAAAAGCAGUUCAUGAAAUUGAUAGUCGACUACAAAUUAGAUAGGUUGGGGCCCUUUUAAAAAUAGCCACCCCAACAUCCUGCACCAGAUGUCAAGAAACUCCCGACAAGCCACUUGCAUUCCUUAUUCGAUUUGUCCAUUAAUUGGACCGCUAAUUCGUAAUGUUUUUUUAAAUAAAUAGUCAGUGAUGAUGGCUCGAGUUUACAACAAAGCAAUGGCAUGUAAUGAAAGUGACGAAGGGAUACACACCGUUGAUAGGAAUGGUAAGCCAUCCGAAGCUUCAAGCGAUGCAGAGCGUGUGUGAAGUGGGAGGUGGCUUGGUGGAUAUGGAAAAUCACAGGUAGAGGAGUUUUUGUUGUGUUAAAUCCAUGUUUCAUGGAUAAUAAGAUAAUAUAUCUACACAACUUCUAUUAUCCAAAAAAAACAUUAAAUAAUAGGAAGAUCUUCCGGCGGCAAAUUCGUCCCAAUACCAGCGUGAAGGUGGUGGUUGUGGUCUUGGUGGUUGUUGUUGUGUGGGGAGCGAUAGUGUAGCGGUUAGCGCGCUGCGCUAUGAACCUAGCGACCCGGGUUCGAUUCCCGCUCACGGCCAACACCAGUGACGAUUAUCUGAACCGGUCCUGGGCCUCCCCUAGGUCGACUCAGCCUUAAAUGAGUACCUGGUGUGGUGUGUAAACAUCGCCACUGGGGAGACAAAGGCGGUCGGGCGUGGUGCUGGCCACCCACCCCUCGUGUACCGUUCCAGCCUUCAUAGGUGCUCGCUAACAGCACUUGCCCCUACAGUCUGUUAAGGCUAUAUGGGGGAUCUUUGUUUAUCUUUUUUGUUGUGGUUGUGGUCUUGGUUGUUGUGGUCUUGGUGGUUGUGGUUAUUGUGGAGUUUGUCUUGGCUGGCCCGGCGGGUCAGUGUCAGUAGUGAUGACAAUGAGGACACACACAUGGCGAUGUUUCACUGUGGGUUGCAGUCGCCCAGAUGUAGUUGCUGUAUUAUCCGUGCAAAAUCACGGAUAACUGGAGUAACGUGAACAUUGUCAUCGCAUGUAUUCCAAUGGCCAUCGAGUUUGACCCAACCAGACUGAACCUGCAAGUGGUUUCCCACAAGUAUUAUCAAUCAUCCUGUUGUCUGUAAGAAAGUGCAGAUAAGUGCAGUAGCCCCAAAGUGGCACGACAAUAAAUCUACAAUCCACAUUCAUCCGUGCUUUCUCAGCAUAACGGGAAUAACACGGCCAGACAAAAGGAUGUACCCAGAAUUCGCCCCCUUAUCAGCACAGAUAAGAUAAGUUAUAUUGUGUCUCAACGCUGUAUAAUGAUGGUGCCUUACAUUAGUUUACAAUUGUUAUUAUUGAAGGAUUACCUUAAAUGUUUGGUAUGGUAAAAUCUAUUUUUUUUCUUCAAAUGUUUAUGUAAAAUUGUAUUUAAAAUAAAAAUAACUAAUUUCUCCCAAAGUAUCGUUUAUAAAUCACAUAAAAAUUAUGUUUUGCUACGCAAAGGGUUCCCGAACUACUGUACUUAUUCACAACCUGAAUCCCCCAUGUUUUGCUUGUACAGCAAUGUUUGCCUUGGUUCAUGUUCUUUGUGUUUUACAAAAAUGCUCUUCUGCUUUGCAUGUUACAGUGAAGUGAGCAAGAAUUGUUCAAAAAUAGCAUUUAUAUUGUGACUGUCAAUGGCAUUUCUAGGCAGCAGUCGGACUAUACUGCACCAACCCUCCAUUGUCUCUAAAAGAAUCCAAAACUAAAUCCUGCAAUAAACAUUUAACAGUUAAUCACUGUUAGAUACAAGAUGAGGGUGACCAAAUCACCUGGAAUCAGCCCAUUCUCCAUCUCAUCUGAGCCGAUGAAGCGGGCAUGUGCCUGGGUAGUGCUGGCAUUGGUGGUGACCACACCAUGGCCAGGGAUCGGCAACCAACAUGGCAUGAAGUGCCACUUCUUUUUCAAAUUCGGUAUAUAUAUUGGAAAAACCUCCCUCGGUGGUGAAGAAGGUCACGAAGCAGUCGUCCGAAGAGAGCCGCAAUGCACCUUCGGAGCCGCAGGUUGCUGACCCCUGACCCCAUGACAGGCCGGCUGUUAUUGGGCUGUGGUGCUACGCGGUGGGUGAUUGAAGGCAGUGCAGAAAAAAAAACAAGUUGCUACUCUGUACUUUCAUGCUUUCAUGUCUGGGCUCCUCUCGCAUCCACCAACGCGCACUUAUCAGCGAAGCGAGGUCCAGGUAUGGUCAAGUAAGCCCCACUUCCCAUGCCGUGUGGGGAGGCCCCUCAUCCAGCAGUGGAUUGACAAACUGCCCAACGUACACGAGUGAAGGGGCCGAGGGCACCGCCAAGCAGACGAAGCGCGUCCACCUCCAGCUGUGGGACACGGCAGGACAAGAGAGAUUCCGGAGCUUGACUACGGCAUUUUUCCGUGAUGCCAUGGGCUUCCUGGUCAUCUUCGAUUUGACCAGUGAGCAGACGUUCCUCAACGUUCGUAACUGGCUGAACCAGCUGCAGAUGCACGCGUACUGUGAGAGCCCGGACAUUGUGCUGUGCGGGAACAAGAGUGAUCUUUCGGAGCACAACAUUACGCAAAAGCAAGCCAAAGAAUUUGCCGAAAAGCACGGCAUGCCCUACUUUGAGACGAGCGCAAGGACGGGAAACAACGUGGUGCCUGCUGUGGAGACACUUCUGGGCCUCAUCAUGAAACGAAUGGAGCGCUGUAUUGACAAGUCUUGGAUUCCUCAAGGCGUGCUGAACAAGAAAGACAAGCUCCACGAGGUGGACGAGGCGGACAGCGAAAAGAAGUGUGGGACGUGUUGAGGAGCUGCUGCUGCUGCUGCUGCCCAGCUCUGCACCCUCCACCGCACCCGCACCAUGGGUCUGCUCUUUACACAAUUACCACUGCAUCAUUAAAAGUAUUCUAUUGGCAUCAACCGAUCAAUCUGCUGCGGCUCAAAAUAAAUAAAUCAAAACAUUCCGAAAUUUAAACAAUUUUAGUGAUUAAUAAUAAAUAACUAGGAAUUCUGAAGGAUUACUGUAGUAUAGUAAGUUGGUAAACAUUUACUAGAAUUGCCAUUUUUGGGCUGUGUGCGAAGGGACUUUUUGUGGUCCGACUGGUUAGAGCAAAGUAUAAAUGCUUACAAUCAAUGGAAACAUCAACUAAGAUCGAAUGUCUUGAAGCAUCAACUAAAAUAUAAUGUCAUUUUACACUGUUUACAUUGUCAUUUUUGUGAUGUCACUUAAAUAAGUCACUUUAAACAAAGAAGCACAACUAAUUGAUUUCAUAACAAGUGGGAAAUGGGAUUGCCAUGACAAGCAUCCUGCUAUAACGGUGUGAUUCAUUGCAGUUUUUCCACUCAUUGCAGACGCGAUGGAUGAAAUGGCCUUAUUGAGUGUUCUCACAAGCCUGGAAUGAGUGUGUGCCUUAAUUUCGGGGAAGGAAAGCAUACGCUUGAGGUGUACAUUUUCAUCGCAAGAGAAAAUCAAACUAUUAUAGUGAAAUAAUGAAAUUAGAUUUCCCAAACAGAGAGCGCCUCUGAUUGGUGCACAGUUGGCUACGUACGGUGCGAGAGAAGUUACACACAUAGUACAAAGCAAGUGCAAUGAACAGUCAUGCUUUCCCAUCGUUUGAAGAGGAUGAAUAGAUCUUAUGAAAGUAAUUCCAGGAUUAGAUUUGUGGUUUCUUCAAGGGCUCUACAUUGAAUGUCACGCUGUGCUUCAAUAGCAAUGUUUGAGACAAGUGGCUGCAUUUGUUUAAUCUGGGAUAUAUUGCCCCGUGAUACAACGAUAUCGUUCUUGAGGAUUAUGGAGUUCAUGGAUGAUCUUCAGUCAUGCUUUGUACAUAUAUUGGCAAAGUAUUAUUAGUUUACUUUGCAGUAUAUAGGUGUAUAAUUGUAGGAUUGCACAACAAUGAUACUGGAUAAAGGAGACAGAUUAAAUUACAAUGACAACUAUUCAGGUAUUGUAAAUGUACUGAUCAGUCCUGGAUACACCAAGCAAGCAUUAUCGUGCUGGUAAAUCUGGUAGCAAUAUGAAAUAUGAAUACGUCAAAUUAGCUUGGUAAGAUGUGCCGUAUGUUUUAAAUGCAAUAGUUAAAUAAACCGCUUGCUGAAUGGGAAACAACUAUUUGAUGGCAGUCUUUAAAAAAGAGUUUUAAAUGUAUGUCUUGAAUAAAUUCCACUUGACCAACAACCAGAUUCCCAAUUAAAAUAAUUUAUUCUGUGAUUCUCUUUUAAAAUGUUGUACACAUUCGUUAUUCAAGUACCGUAUAGACUGGAUCUUAAACGUUAUCAAAUAGCUGAUGCAGCUUUACCAUGGUUUACAGCUUAAUAUAAUUUUAAUGUGCAACCAUGAGCUUGCAGUGAGGUUAACUUGAUCCUUAAGAGUGCCACAGUCUGAUUAUUAUUCCAUGUAACGUAGAGAAAUAAGCUUAAAUUAGUUGAUAUCUAUCGGGUAAUAUCAAUUCUAACGGCUAUGCUAAAUGUCGUGUUAUUGAAGCCCCACUGGAUAGGGCUGUAAACGCCAUACGCACAAUUUGUAGUAAUAUUGUGGCAGGGCUACACCAUACCAGUGAUCCAUAAUACAAGUAAAUUUCCAUACACCUUUACUUUCACACAUUGAAAUAGGCCAUUCCGUUAGCGGUUGGCAAAAAUGUUUUAAAAUGCGCUUAAAUCGAGGUGCACGAUGCAGGACCCUCGAUGGGCUUAAGGAAGCAUCGAGCAUGGUGACAAGGGGGGGGGGGGAUCUGUUGUACACACUUGUGGGGAUGUCAGAUCUGCAGAAAAUAAAUCUAAGUGGCAGGGCACUGCCCAGUUUGAGGUUACUAUUGAUAGGGAACAGCUGAACACGUGAAUUUGUGCCAGCAGUAAGAGCAUCCAUCUCUAAUAGAUGCAAUAUCAUUGUACUGUUGACAUGUUUCUGUGCUGCUGUGAAAUUAUACAAACGCCACUUUCACCUCCUUUAAAGGCUGAUUGCUAUUAUAAACGAAUUGCUACGCACAUGUCAAAAGGAGGCAUGUGAGGGUAUUGUGGUGGUUUUCCAUGAUGUAUUGUUGAGUGGCUCGUGUUACAUCUUUGUACGUGAUAUUUUAUUUUGUAACGACCAAAAUACAGUACAUUAUUUUUCAGUUGUUGGGGAUUUUCAUUGCAUAUUGGCUUUUGUAAACAUUUAAAUCCAUAUUGUUGGCAAGAAACCUUGCUGUAAAUGUGGGUGCCGCUUGUAAAUUGACACCAUGGGGCCGAGGUUAAUUUGUUGAUGGAAAUCUAAUUUCUGCCAAUAUUUGGUGGAACAUUUGUCAAAUCGUCACCAGAGUGUGCUAAUUUGACUUUGUGGCAACAAUUGGUGGAAAAUGGUUCUAAACAAACAUGAUUAAGGUCCUAUUUUCAAAUGGGCACAAUUUUUUUUGUCGACGCUUGUUUGGGGUUUAAAUAUACAGCUCAACUCGUUUGUACUUCUGUACCUAUAAAAAUAAAUGUAAAAGCUGCUACAAUAUGCUUUAUAAAACAUUUAAAUGCCUUGAAUGUAGUUCGUGUAUUUUUGUAACCACAAAAACAACACAAUUACUAUCUUAUACACACCGUUAUGUAAUACACAGCACUUAGAAAAGCUACAUUAUGGUCAUAUCGGGUCAGCUAAAUGACUUUGCUUACAGAAGUGCUGUCCAGCACCUCCGCCGAGCAUGGUUUAGCUAUGUCGGGUGCGAAAUAAUGUCAACGUACUUACAGGCCAAACAGCCGAAACGCUCCCUUAACUCGAGCAUCAUCCACACUGAUUAGAAUUAAAAAGCGAUAAUUGCCGGUUGAUUGAAGCCCCCUGAAUGGCAAUCAGGAAAUCCAGAAGCAUUCCACUCUCUCCACCCUCCAUGUUUCUCGUGUCUCCUGGUAUAUUUUCUCUCUCGUGUUCUCAACAUCGUUCCUGACGUUGUUAUUAAUUUCUCCCAUCACGUGUGCGUUUCUAUCGUGCUGUGUUCAUCUUGCAAGUCAUAAAAUAUAUACAACACGUGUCAUGUAAACAUAGCAUAUGUUCAAUGUAAGUUUUUUUUUUACAUACAGUACAUGAUAAAAAUGCAUGCACUAUGGCAAUGAACAAUACAAUGUACACAGGGCGUUAUUGCCAUGCUGGUAUUGGAGCAGAGUUGAGUGUCUUCGUGAACUUCACGUUGUGCAACAUCUCUGCGUCUGUAGGGAUUUUUUUAUUGCAUGGAUCUGUCAGUGGUCAGUAGGGCUUUUGAGUAGUAGUGUGUUCCAGUUAAAAAUCGCCAUAUUUACGUGUAUGUUUGCACAAUCAUAUUUCUCGGUUGGCAUUGUGACAUUAACAUUCUGCGUAAUAAAUGCGUUCAAAUACAUUUGAGUGGCCACGUGUGAACCGUUUAACAAAGAUUCCAUUUUAU